AUGAACCCCAAGACCGUGUUGGCCGUGUGCUGCUUGCUGUCCGCGUCCGCCGCGGCCAAGCCCGCGGGUCCCGCGUCUUCAAGCGACGACGAGAUCAAAGACCUGCCCACGUACAUGAAGAGAUUCGAGAAACUCAACGUGGAACAGGUGCUCAACAACGAACGCGUGUUGGCCAGCCACUUGAAGUGUUUCCUCAACGAGGGUCCGUGCGUCCAACAGUCCAGAGACCUGAAGAGUGAGUAUUUUAUGUUUUCGGGCGGAGGUUCGCGCGCAAACUCGAAACGAGGUACUCGUUGUCGCGAUGAUCGACGCGAGUGACUUGAAUAUACCCCCCCCCCUCCCGUCACACCGGCGAGUCCGAAUAAUCGCUUAUCGGUCAGGCCCACGCGAUUAUUUUCAGCGGUGUGUUUUUUUUCGGAUUCGUAUUCUUUUAUCGUGAACAUCGAUGUUCACGAUAAACGAGAGACAAGCGGUUGAAGCUUCUAGAUCGGCCGCGGUUCUCAAACUGUGGUACGACCGGUGGUACGCAGAAGGCUGGCUGUCGGCAUUACGGGAAAUAAAUCGGCACAGAUCCGUACACGAUUCUAGUCGUUUUAGUUCGGUGGUACGUGAUAGGUCCGCCAUAAUGCGUAAAUAAUCUAAGUGGUACCUACGCGAAAAUAAUAGUCAAAGAACCUCCGAUUUAGACAGAUCAUUUUUUAAUCGUAAUUAAUACGUUUCUCAGACCUUGCGGUUACAAUUAAAACGAAUCAAUAUUAAUCGUGAUUUAAUAAAUUAGUUAUUGAAUUACGUCGAUCGGACAACAGUGGCGAAAUGCCGACGUCUCUCUACGAUAGGCGACGAGAACAAAGAUACGAAAUUUUCCUUUUCCAGACAAUUAAAUUGUUAUUUAUCCGCGGCGUUCGUCAAGCCGAAAAUCAUUUGAGCGAUUGUCUCUAAUAAAAUUUAUCUAGAUAUUUUAACGCGUGUCUCUGUGUACAGCGCCGCAGGUUAUUUCCGAAUCUUCAGACAGGGGGAAAUUUCCUAUUCGCGGUCCGAGCUUUUCCCCGGAAAUAUAUCUUCGUACCCUCGUGCCGUGCCGUUCGACAAUGCGAUACCGAACUCGCCUGCAUCGCGUGCGAUAUGCGAGAAGCGCGACGCGAACACCCGCGAUCGAAAUUCCCCUUGCGCGAUACAAGCGACAAAAAAGACACAUUAGGUGUUGGCGUAUUCCGCGGACGGCGCGUUCGCUUCGGAGAAAAAUAAUAAUAAUUGACAGUUUUAACACACCGACGACGACGACAGAGUCGACAAACUUAACGACUCGACGAGAAUGACCGUGAUACUAUUGUUGGCACGGUGUCGCAACACGAAUAAUAUCCUAUCCGGUCGCCGUGGUUCGUUUACGUGAUCAAAUAAUCAAUUAACAAUAACGACAUUACGCGUACUCGUCAAUCGACGGGCAAUAUCGUUUCCCGUAUUCAUUUUUGUUUGAUUCCGUUUUGUUUAUUUGUUGUUCGCCCCAGGAGUGAUCCCGGUCAUCGCCAACAACGGUUGCGAAGGCUGUACCGAGAAACAAGUCACAUCCAUCAAGAAAUCGUUGAACUUCCUGAGGUCGAAGAAACCGCAAGAAUGGAACCGACUGGUCAAGAUCUACGACCCGUCCGGCACCAAGCUCAACAAAUUCCUCGACUAG